AUGGCCGUCCCUGACGCCGCUGCGCCCGCAGAGCCCGACGGGCACACGGAGCCCCCCUCCGCGGAGAGGCUGCUCAGCGUGCUGCCCGCGUCGCCGCGGAUUCGGGUCAGGCCCUGGUGGUUUCCCGCGCAGGAGCUGAGCGUCCCUCUGGUGUUCCACCUGGAGGCCUGGGUGGCGGAUAGGAUCUUCGGCCCGGACCGAGCUGUGAUCCCAGAAAUGGAGUGGAUGAGCCAGGCUUUGCUGAGCGUGGACACCGUGAACUCUGGAAAGCUAGCGGAAAUCUCCGUUUUUGGACGGCCUGGUGUACAGAACCGAGUGAGGAGCAUCCUCUUGAACCUGGCGUCGUGGCACCUUGAACAACAGGUCCAGCGAGUUAGGAUAAAACAACUUGAGGAGUUUCUGAAGUUCCGUGCCUCAAGGCCAGAGGCUCCCAGCUUCCUGUUUAAUACCACAGAAUCCUCAGGAGCAUCAUGAGGACAGCCCUGCUUCUACUACAGAAGUUAAAGAGAAAUAUAUUAAGUCACUGUAUUUUUUUUUUUUCUGUGCCUUCAUGAAUAGUGACCUUUUUUUCAAAUACAGUUUGUAGAACUAUUAAUUAUAGAAAUGACUUUUGUGUGACAUAAGGAUUUUUGCUCACC